AUGGAGGACAGUUUAACAAAAGUCGAUCGUAUUGGUGCCAUGCGCCUUAUACUCCAAGUCAUGCGAAUCUUUGGCCUCUGGCCCUGGUCUGUGGCAGACAGAAACUUGGAGUCAGCCAUGUGGGCAUUUCUAAAGCGAAACUAUCGCUUUCUUAUCCACCUGCCCAUCACAUUUACUUUCAUUGGUCUAAUGUGGUUGGAAGCCUUCAUUUCAAGCAACCUGGAGCAAGCUGGUCAAGUGCUCUAUAUGUCCAUCACAGAGAUGGCUCUUGUUGUGAAGAUUUUAAGCAUUUGGUAUCAUCGCACAGAGGCCUGGGAACUGAUGCAUGAGCUACAGUAUUCUCCCAAUCUGGAGUUGCGAACGGAAAACGAACAAUUCUACUGGAAACGAGAGCAACGUCGCUUUAAAUGGUUCUUCUACAUCUAUAUACUGAUCAGCCUGGGUGUAGUCUACAGCGGAUGUACUGGAGUGCUUUUUGUCGAGUCUUACGAAUUGCCUUUUGCCUAUUUUGUGCCCUUUGAGUGGCGAAAUGAACGUGGUUAUUGGUAUGCUUAUGGCUAUAAUGUGGCUGCCAUGACUCUAACAUGCAUCUCCAAUAUAACCUUGGACACAUUGGGCUGUUAUUUUCUGUUUCAUCUGGCCUUGCUCUAUCGUCUGCUAGGCAUGAGGUUAAGAGGCUUAAAAGACGUUGGGAAAAACUUUGACCAGGACUUGCGAGGGAUAUUUCAAUUACAUCAAAGAGUCCGAAGAUUAACUGUUACCUGUCAAAGUAUAGUAUCGCCCUACAUUCUCUCACAAAUUAUACUGAGUGCCUUCAUCAUAUGCUUUAGUGGCUAUCGCUUGCAACAUGUGGGAAUUCGUGCCAAUCCUGGUCAAUUUAUAGCCAUGUUGCAGUUUGUCAGUGUCAUGAUCUUACAAAUUUUCCUACCCUGCUAUUAUGGCAAUGAUGUGACGGUUAAUGCCCAUCAGCUAACCAACGAGGUCUACAACACCAACUGGCUGCAAUGCAAUCCUCCCAUUCGUAAACUACUCAAUUCCUACAUGGAACACCUCAAGAGACCAGUACAGAUUCGUGCUGGCAAUUUCUUUGCAGUUGGUUUGCCCAUCUUUGUUAAGACUAUCAACAAUGCCUACAGCUUUUUUGCUCUUUUAUUGAAUGUAUCGAACCUGAUGAAACGUAUUUAUCCAUAUAUCUUGCACAUUCCAUUGACUUUUACCUAUAUUGCUCUUAUGUGGCUCGAGGCACUAACUUCCGACAAUCUGGAGCAGGCCGGUCAAGUAUUAUACAUGUCCUUGACUGAGGUGGCUCUGGUGACCAAGAUUUUCAAUAUCUGGUACAGACGGCAGCAGGCAGCACAAUUUAUCACCGAAUUGGAGAAGGAUUCGGCGUAUAGGCUGUGCAAUGCAAAAGAAGUCACUUUCUGGCUGAAGGAGCAGCGGCAUUUUCAACGCAUCUUUUACACAUAUAUUAUCGGCAGUCUGUUUGUGGCCCUUUCAGGAUAUUUAAGUGUCUUUUUUCAGGACGAGUACGAAUUACCCUUUGGCUACUAUGUGCCCUUCGAAUGGAGAAAUCCUCAGCGUUAUCUCUACGCCUGGGGCUAUAAUGUUGUGGCCAUGACCCUAUGCUGUUUGUCUAACAUACUGCUGGAUGCACUUGGUUGCUAUUUCAUGUUCCAGAUUGCCCUGCUCUACCGCCUAAUGAAUCUGCGGCUAAUGGCUCUACAACGGGCUCCUGAAGUGGUCGCUAGGCCAGAGUUACGCCACAUUUUUCAACUGCACACUCGAGUGCGCCGCUUGACUGGACAGUGUGAGCAAUUGGUAUCACCGUAUGUGCUCUCCCAGGUGGUAUUUAGUGCCUUUAUCAUUUGCUUUAGCGGCUAUCGCUUGGUCCAUAUGGGAUUCCAGCAAAAUCCCGGCCUCUUUGUGACCACCUUGCAGUUUGGCGCUGUGAUGAUUGUACAGAUAUUCUUGCCCUGUUACUUUGGCAAUGAGCUGACCUACCAUGCCAAUACGCUUACGAACAGUGUCUUCAAUACCAAUUGGUUGGAGUAUUCGGUUGGAACCCGCAAGUUGCUCAAUUGCUACAUGGAGUUCCUGAAACAUCCUGUGAAAGUACGAGCCGGAGUGUUCUUUCAAAUUGGUUUGCCUAUUUUCGUAAAGACCAUUAACAAUGCGUACAGUUUCUUUGCCUUGCUCUUGAAUUUAUCCAAGUGAAACCAUAAGUAA